CACCGUACAUUCGCGGAAGUUGUCAGAGCAUUGUUAAGCCAAAGAUGCUAUGAGACUCAAAUGCCAAAACAACACGAACACAUGAAUUUUAAUUGCUGGCAUCCCCUUUAACUCCAGGACUUUCAGUAUGGACGAUGAAUGGGAGGAGGAGGAGCAGCUUGUCGUGGUGGAGCUCUCUGGUAUAAUCAACAAUGACUUUCUGACCAAAUGUCGUGGCACGUGCAAAAUACUGGAUAUUGACAGUGAGAAGCCUAUGAUGCAGGUUGGACAGUAUGUGUUUGCAGGGGAAUAUGAAGACACUGUGGGAACUUGUGUUCUGUUCGAGGAGGGCCCACAGAAAGGUAAAGCAGACAGUGCUCCAGAGCUCAAGUAUACAUGCCACACCACGAAGAAACUGAUGAUGCAACGAAUCUUCCUCACUGAGAAGAGGGAGGGUGAAACCAGCUCAGGGAGUGCUGAUUGCUGUGACAAGGUAGAUACAACCUGUCAAACAAAUGCCAGUUUACAUGAAGGGGCGGAUUAGGAUAUUGAAAUAAAGACGUUGGAAGCAAGAAGAUAAUCCAUGAUGAAGAGCAUUGUCUUUAUUUAAUGACCCCAUACCCAGGUUAUGGGCAUUUUUAAGCUGUUAGAAAUUACAUGUCUGAAACACAGUCCAAGUUGGAUUUACAGUACAGUACAAUUCAAUACAAUACAAUACAAUAACUUUAUUUAUCCCAGAAGGGAAAUUCAUUUGUCUGAAGUCAGACUUUUAAAAAUCAUGUUGUAAAACCAUACACUAGAUAAAAAGGUCAUUCGUAUCUGUGUCAACUUUAUUAUUUACAGUGGUUGGUUAUUUACCAAGCAAGAGUAUGAACAGUCUUUUUGGAGUGACAGAGUUGAAGAAUGGCUAUGCUGCUUGGAGGAGGACCUGUAUUCUUUCAUUUUUUUUAAAUAAAGUAAAACUUUGCGUAAAUUAUAAAGUC